UUUUUUUUUAGGUUGUUUGAGAAUUUUUUUCUUUUUCUUUCUCUUUCAUUAUUUUCUUCAAAUGGCAAGACGUGUAGUGGUGACAGGAUUAGGUUUGGUAACUCCUGUUGGUGUAGGUGUUAAAACAGCUUGGAACAAUCUUCUCAAAGGUCACUGUGGUAUUGUAUCUUUGACUGAUCAACCUGCUUUUGAUUCUCUGCCUGUGAAAAUAGCCGCUUUAGUACCAAGAGGUUCAAAAGAUCAAGGUCAAUUCUCUGCUUCUGAAUGGUUAGAUCCUGGGGAUGAUAGAGUGAUGGCUACUUUUACUCAGUAUGCGAUUGCUGCUGCUCGUCAGGCUCUUCAAGACGCUAAUUGGGCUCCCUCUUGUGUACAUGAAAAAGAAAGAACGGGUGUUUGUAUAGGAUCCGGUAUGGGUAGUUUUGAAGACAUUGUAUCAACAUCUAUAGCGUUUACUUCUGGAGGACCACGUAAAGUAUCACCGAUGUUUGUACCCAAAAUAUUAAUCAACAUGGCAGCUGGACAUUUGACAAUGAAGUAUGGUUUCCAAGGUCCAAAUCAUGCAGUCUCCACAGCAUGUACAACAGGAGCUCAUUCGAUUGGUGAUGCAAUGAGAUUUAUUCAAUAUGGUGACGCAGAUGUGAUGGUAGCAGGAGGAACUGAAGCUUGUGUACAUCCAUUGGCUAUUGCAGGAUUUGCAAGGGCGAAAUCAUUGGCGACAGGAUACGAAACAAAACCAACUGAAGCAUCACGACCUUUUGAUCAAGACCGUGCAGGAUUUGUGAUGGGUGAAGGAUCAGGAAUAAUGGUGCUGGAAGAAUACGAACAUGCCAAGAAACGAGGUGUACCUAUCUAUGCUGAAUUGAAAGGUUAUGGUUUAUCUGGCGACGCUCAUCAUAUGACUGCACCUCCACAGUCUGGUCUUGGUGCUAUUAAUUCCAUGAAGCGUGCUUUGACGGCAUCCAACUUGACUCCAGCGGAUAUCGACUAUGUUAAUGCUCAUGCGACAAGUACUUCUGUUGGUGAUGCGGCGGAAAACAAUGCUAUCAAGACGGUUUUUGACGGACAAUGGGAUAGAAUCAAUGUAUCUUCAACAAAAGGGGCCACUGGUCAUUUACUAGGUGCUGCUGGAUCAGUAGAGGCUAUCUUUACGGUAUUGGCUGUCAAGAACAAUAUUCUUCCACCAACAUUGAACUUGUAUCAGUUGAGUAACAAGGAGGAAUUCAAUCUCAAUUAUGUCCCUCUGAAGGCUCAAUCCGACAAAAUCAUUAGGGCAGCUUUGACGAAUAGCUUUGGAUUUGGUGGCACCAAUGCGACAUUAUGUUUUGCAAAAUUAGACUGAUAUACUCUUCUUUAGUUUGUAUUUUUAUUAUCUUUUUUGAAUUGUAGACUAGUAUUCUAUUUAUCCAUCUUUGUAAAUAAAUUCAGGGGUCUACCUUUUUUAGACGAAGAUCUAUGUAUGUGUGCAAUCCGUC